GUCAACUGUCAUCAUAAAUAUAUUGGCAACAAGAUGAUAAAUACAAGGAUUGUGUCUCGAUUUUUUAACUUAAAAUCAUUAAAAUACAUUAAUUGUAGAUGUUCUAGUCGUGCUUUGUCUACUUAUAAGUAUUCUAACCACAAUGGAGGUGACAGGUCACGCAAUGGACAAUAUUUUGGUGGCAUACUCGCUGUUGCAGCUGGAGUAUGUAGUUAUGUGAGCUUAAAGGAGAGAAUAGAAGCUGCUACUAUAAGUUUAGCUGGUAGGCGUGAGAAGUAUAACUUCAUAGCUGAUGUCGUGGCUGUAUCAGCCCCGUCAGUCGUGUAUAUAGAAAUCCAAGAUAGUAGGCGUUUGGACCUUUUCUCUGGGAAACCUGUUACGAUUUCGAACGGUUCGGGAUUUAUAGUGAAUCAAGAUGGGUUGAUAUUGACGAACGCUCACGUUGUUGUAAAUAAACCGAAUGCUGUGGUUCUCGUACGACUUAUGGAUGGAUCCACCCACGUCGGACUUUUAGAAGAUGUAGAUAUGAAAUCAGACCUGGCAACACUUAGGAUACCAGUGAAUAACUUACCCACAAUGAAAUUGGGUUCCUCUGCUGAUUUGCGGCCUGGCGAGUGGGUGGUAGCAAUGGGUAGUCCUCUAGCGUUAAGUAAUACAGUAACAGCUGGCGUGGUGAGCUCCACCCAGAGAGCCAGCAAAGAAUUGGGAUUGCAAGGUAAAGACAUGGUGUACAUACAAACGGAUGCACCAAUCACGUUUGGAAAUAGUGGCGGGCCGUUGGUGAAUUUGGAUGGAGAAGCUAUCGGCAUAAAUAGUAUGAAAGUGACAUCGGGCAUAUCUUUUGCUAUUCCCAUUGAUUAUGUCAAAGAGUUCCUGGCGAAACGAAAAACAAAGUCACCCCAAAUAUCCAGGCGAUACCUUGGUAUCACGAUGCUGUCUUUAACGCCGAACAUUCUUAUGGAGUUACGGAUGAGGAACCCAGAGAUGCCUUCAGACAUUCAACACGGUAUCCUUGUAUGGAAGGUUAUAAUAGGAUCCCCAGCUUAUAAUGGUGGUCUUCAGCCAGGAGACAUAGUGACACACAUAAACGGAACGCCGGUGACAAGUGCGACGGAUUUAUACUCUGUUCUAGAAAAUUCGAGCGGCAAAUUGACUAUGCAGAUUGUUAGGGGUCGACUGCGGACGACUAUUGUUAUUGCGCCUGAAAUGCAUUAAAUGAUUUGUAAAUUA